AUGUAUGAUGAUAUUGCUUUUGCCAAAGAGAAUCCAACCCCUGGAAUUAUAAUCAAUAAACCAAAUGGCACUGAUGUUUAUCAUGGAGUCCCCAAGGAUUAUACUGGUGAAAACGUUAAUGCCAACAAUUUUCUGGCUGUUAUUCUUGGAAACAAAACUGCUCUCACUGGGGGCAGUGGCAAGGUUUUAAAUAGUGGCCCAAAUGACCAUAUUUUUAUAUAUUAUGCUGACCGUGGUGCCCCUGGCCUUCUUGAAUUGCCUUCUGAUGGUAUUCUUUACGCAAAAGACCUGACUGAUGUAUUGCAGAAGAAAUAUGAAGCCAAAGCAUAA